GGUUCUUCUCCAAAGGGUGCCCCUGGAGGAAGAAGAGGGGGGGUUAGGCAGGGCGAGGCCGCCGCGGUCGUAAUCUGGGUCACGGCUGCUCCAGCUCGGAGGAGAGGCGGCUCUCCCGGCGACCCUCCUCGCGCGGGCGCCCCUGCCAUUCCCGGGAACAGGGGCUCAGCCUCCCCCUCCCUGGAAGAGGACGUUGUUGGGGGUUUGGAAGAGCAGGGGUGGGCUUAGAGAGCUUCCAAAUAAGCUAUUGGCAGGAGUAUCCCUGCAGCGGGUGAAUGCCGAGGGGCGUUUGCUCAAAUUUGGGGAGGGGAAGGAUUUGUGGAUAUAGGUGUCUGUUGUUGGUCUCUGUCUAGAGAAAGGCUUUUUUUUAUUUGCAAAGUUUUCUAAAUCCCCUGCUAUCAUCUGCACUCCUGAGGUUGCAUUUUUAUAAAGGGGGUAGAAGGUACUCCAAAUACCAUACCCGGUAGCUGGGUCGGAGAGCCCGGGGCUUCCCCUGAGCAGCCGGCCCCACACCGCUGCGAGUGCGGUUAUCUGCGUGCUCGUGAGAGCUAGAAUUCUGCAGCCAGGAACAGCCCCCUCCCCCAGGCAGUGCCUUGUGUGAAUGAAAUGGCAGUUUCCAAAGUUGCGGAGCCACGCCACCACCCCCUGCAUCUGCAUGCCCCCUCCCACCCCCUGUCGUAGACAGCUUGUACACAAAAGGAGGGAGGGAGGGAGGGAGCGAGAGGCACAACUUCCUCCACCUUCGGGAGCGGUGGGCAGAGUGGGUGCUUGGAAGGAAGAUUGGGGAACCUGGUUAGAGGGGGAGCCCAUUGCCUAUCCCCUCGGUCUGCUCCGUUUGCCCACCCUCUCUGGUGUGUCUGUCGGUUGCAGUGUUGGAGGUCGGCGCCGGCCCCCGCCUUCCGCGCCCCCCACGGGAAGGAAGCACCCCCGGUAUUAAAACGAGCGGGGCGGAAAGAAGCCCUCAGUCGCCGGCCGGGAGGCGAGCCGAUGCCGAGCUGCUCCGCGUCCACCAUGCCGGGCAUGAUCUGCAAGAACCCAGACCUCGAGUUUGACUCGCUGCAGCCCUGCUUCUACCCGGACGAAGAUGACUUCUACUUCGGCGGCCCCGACUCGACCCCCCCGGGGGAGGACAUCUGGAAGAAGUUUGAGCUGCUGCCCACGCCCCCGCUGUCGCCCAGCCGUGGCUUCGCGGAGCACAGCUCCGAGCCCCCGAGCUGGGUCACGGAGAUGCUGCUUGAGAACGAGCUGUGGGGCAGCCCGGCCGAGGAGGACGCGUUCGGCCUGGGGGGACUGGGUGGCCUCACCCCCAACCCGGUCAUCCUCCAGGACUGCAUGUGGAGCGGCUUCUCUGCCCGCGAGAAGCUGGAGCGCGCGGUGAGCGAGAAGCUGCAGCACGGCCGCGGGCCGCCGACCGCCGGUUCCACCGCCCAGUCCCCGGGAGCCGGCGCCGCCAGCCCUGCGGGUCGCGGGCACGGCGGGGCUGCGGGAGCCGGCCGCGCCGGGGCCGCCCUGCCCGCCGAGCUCGCCCACCCGGCCGCCGAGUGCGUGGAUCCCGCCGUGGUCUUCCCCUUUCCCGUGAACAAGCGCGAGCCGGCGCCAGUGCCCGCAGCCCCGGCCAGUGCCCCGGCGGCGGGCCCUGCGGUCGCCUCGGGGGCGGGUAUCGCCGCCCCAGCCGGGGCCCCGGGGGUCGCCCCUCCGCGCCCAGGCGGCCGCCAGACGAGCGGCGGCGACCACAAGGCCCUCAGUACCUCCGGAGAGGACACCCUGAGCGAUUCAGAUGAUGAAGAUGAUGAAGAGGAAGAUGAAGAGGAGGAAAUUGAUGUGGUCACUGUGGAGAAGCGGCGUUCCUCCUCCAACACCAAGGCUGUCACCACAUUCACCAUCACUGUGCGUCCCAAGAAUGCAGCCCUGGGUCCCGGGAGGGCUCAGUCCAGCGAGUUGAUCCUCAAACGAUGCCUUCCCAUCCACCAGCAGCACAACUAUGCCGCCCCAUCUCCCUACGUGGAGAGUGAGGAUGCGCCCCCACAGAAGAAAAUAAAGAGCGAGGCGUCCCCACGUCCGCUCAAGAGUGUCAUCCCCCCAAAGGCUAAGAGCUUGAGCCCCCGAAACUCUGACUCGGAGGACAGUGAGCGUCGCAGGAACCACAACAUCCUGGAACGCCAGCGCCGCAACGACCUUCGGUCCAGCUUUCUCACGCUCAGGGACCACGUGCCGGAGCUGGUAAAGAAUGAGAAGGCCGCCAAGGUGGUCAUUUUGAAAAAGGCCACCGAGUAUGUCCACUCCCUCCAGGCCGAGGAGCACCAGCUUUUGCUGGAAAAGGAAAAAUUGCAGGCAAGACAGCAGCAGUUGCUAAAGAAAAUUGAACACGCUCGGACUUGCUAGACGCUUCUCAAAACUGGACAGUCACUGCCACUUUGCACAUUUUGAUUUUUUUUUUUUAAACAAACAUUGUGUUGACAUUAAGAAUGUUGGUUUACUUUCAAAUCGGUCCCCUGUCGAGUUCGGCUCUGGGUGGGCAGCAGGACCACCAGUGUGGGGUUCUGCUGGGACCUUGGAGAGCCUGCAUCCCAGGAUGCUGGGUGACCCUGCAGCCUCCUCCACCUCACCUCCAUGACAGCAGUAAAAGUUGGUGACGGUUGGGAGCCUCUGGGGCUGUUGAAGUCACCUUAUGUGUUCCAAGUUUCCAAACAACAGAAAGUCAUUCCUUCUUUUUAAAAUGGUGCUUAAGUUCCAGCAGAUGCCACAUAAGGGGUUUGCCAUUUGAUACCCCUGGGGAACAUUUCUGUAAAUACCAUUGACACAUCCGCCUUUUGUAUACAUCCUGGGUAAUGAGAGGUGGCUUUUGUGGCCAGUAUUAGACUGGAAGUUCAUACCUAAGUACUGUAAUAAUACCUCAAUGUUUGAGGAGCAUGUUUUGUAUACAAAUAUAUUGUUAAUCUCUGUUAUGUACUGUACUAAUUCUUACACUGCCUGUAUACUUUAGUAUGACGCUGAUACAUAACUAAAUUUGAUACUUAUAUUUUCGUAUGAAAAUGAGUUGUGAAAGUUUUGAGUAGAUAUUACUUUAUCACUUUUUGAACUAAGAAACUUUUGUAAAGAAAUUUACUAUAUAUAUAUGCCUUUUUCCUAGCCUGUUUCUUCCUGUUAAUGUAUUUGUUCAUGUUUGGUGCAUAGAACUGGGUAAAUGCAAAGUUCUGUGUUUAAUUUCUUCAAAAUGUAUAUAUUUAGUGCUGCAUCUUAUAGCACUUUGAAAUACCUCAUGUUUAUGAAAAUAAA